UCUCGCUCGUAACAGUGCCAAAAGUGCUUCAAAACACUCCGCUCCGUUCAGUCGCGGUCCCAUUUUCUUCUCUCCGCUCCCUUUUUUCACCUAUUUGCUCGCCGCCUUCCUACUUCUCUCGCGAUCGAUAGAUCGCGAUCGAUACAGUUCCUUCUUCUUUUUAACCAGGUGAAAGUUCAUCCACGUGCUCACAUUUUCCUCCUUCUUUUUGUAUCUCCCAGUCUUGCCUUCGAAACAUUCGAUAUUCCGCUUGCCGAGGGAUCACGCGAGUCAGAGCUGAUUGCGUGGGCGAUCGCGAUGCAUUGAACGGCUCGGAAGAAGCCGUGAUUAAUCGUGCCCUGUGAUUUGUGCGAUCGCUCGUGUUCAACAAUGACCGUCGUGCCAUUCAGUUUGACGAGAAAUCGAUCGUGCGUGAAAAUCGUUCGAUUAACGUAAACGUUAGGAAACGUCCGCGGCGUGUGAAGACAAUUAUCGGCCGCGAUCUUUUUCAAGAAGAGGACUCGUCAUCAAGGAACGAUACGUUCAUGUUGCCAGAAAGCAACUUUCCCGUUACAGGGGGCACUAUGCAGACCGAGGAAGUCGUGUCGCGCACACAGUCUAUUGGCAUAGACAGUAGUUUCACCGACGGCGCUGGUUUGCAGCAUCAUUUGCAUCACUCGGCACAUUUACGUUGCCCGCUAUCGCCUCUGAUCCACAUGGCCGUCAAGCAGGAGCCUCAGGAGGAAGAAGAACGAAGUCGCGAUGCUAGCACGUUGAGCCCGCAAGUGGACGCAGGUAACGUGGCAGGUUCAGUGGACAGCAAACAUGGACAACAAGUUGGUAAUCAAAUUCAAGGACUGGACGAAAAUCGGAUAUUAACUGCUCCGGAUGCUGGCAAUCGAGGACGAACCAGUCGUGGCCGUAGGAAAUCGCGAUGGAAGCUCAAAUUCCACCACCAAGCAUUACCGCCAGAGUACUUGGAUCACUACGAAGCGUCGCUGGCCCAGGAAAGUCUAAAUUCAUCGCCGCCACGCAUCAUCGAGCCAGCAGCAUCCAGUCCAGCGCCGACGAACUCGACGUCUACUCCAAGUCCCGUUUCCGACGUUCAUGGUUGGCUACAACGAAUCGCGGCUAUGCAGCAGGAACUCUAUCCGCAGGUCGCGCCGCCUCAAUGUCCAACGGCCCUCGGUCAUAAUCAAGCCACCGGCACCAGGAGAUCCGUCAUCACGUCUGUGUCUUCGCAAACCUGCAACACAACUUAUCCCAGUCAUCAUAUCCAGCAGUCGCAAUCGCAAACGUCUAGUAGACCUCCCAUGAAAUAUUCUGAUCUGCCGUAUAUGGGUGAAAUCACUCUCGACAACAGCAAACCUAGACGUGGCCGAAAACCGAAGAAGGCUGAUAUAUGCCAUUUGAUCUACAAGAAUUAUGGCACGAUAUUGCCGGGUACGCCUGGCCACGAGGAAAGGAGACUGUCGCCUCGCGAUAAACAGGAUCCCCGGGAGCGUGUGUCGCCUCAAGUGCCUUUCCAAAGGACUGAUGUGCAGAAUAGAAUCAGUAGUUUGUUGGAAAAACGGUUGACUCAGGAGAACCGGCGAAGCUUCGCGAUGUCUGAGAAUUCGCGGGAGCAAGACGAGCCAUUGAACCUCUGCAUCAGAGAUCUCAACCAGCUGAAGAUUCGACUGCUGCGGAAACAUGGAAACGUGUACGAGUCUGGCCAGGUAAAGAGCGAAACGUCCAGCGACGGUGAAGAGGUAGAGUGUUUGGGUACUGGCUUCCUGUCGGAACCAGCCAACUAUUCGGAUCCAGUUGGUCCUCGGUCGAAUAACAGUUUUGUCAAUCACAAUAACAACGUGAUCGAUCCUGUGGUCGGUCACAACUCUGGCUUCAUGUACUGGCCGAACGCUGGUGUGUUUAUUCAUCCAAUGGCGUUGCAGUCCCAGUUGUUGUAUUAUCAGAAAGUCGCCCAGAACGACAAGUGUCCACCGCCGGCAACGGAUCAACUGCCGAAAGAGCAAAAGAUCGUUCCCAAAUCGAUAUACUCAAUGUUGGAGACGAAAAGCACGGCUCAAGUGUCGGCGUUGCCUACAGCUCCGACGGUACCAGUGUCGACUGCUACAUCCACUUCACCUAGACCGAAGAGGAAUGCGCCCUUGGGUCAGCAGCAGAAUCAACCAACCAAACGGAAGCGUUCUGCCAUAUUUAUACCACCGAUGCCAACCGAGAACAACAAUAAUCCGGCGACGGAAGUGAGCAUAUGUAAAUUCAAAUUUACAGGUGGCGCCAAACCCAGUUUACAAGAAAAGAAGAGUCUCUCUGUGGACUCAGGGGGUAAUUUCCGCUAUUACAGCGGUACCGGUGAUAAGAGCAUGCGCGGUUACGAGUUUUUUCCCAGAGAGGCUCUCCAGCAACCGGCGGGACAAUCUGGAUCCACUUCCGCCGCCGGAGCUUUUCUCAACGCCGCCGGUGAGAGGAUCCCACCGCCAACGGCGUGUCAGAGGAGUCCGGUCGGCCAGGACGACGGUCGACGAAAGAGGAAAACCAGAAAGUCCCUGCAGCGCGAAAAGUUGGAACAGACCUUCAAAGAAAAAGGCUUCCUUAUUCAGACGCAACAAUUGGAAUCCGCGGAAGGCGCUACCUAUUGCAAGUUCCGGCAGCUCAGGAAAUUCACCAGAUAUCUGUUCAGAAGCUGGAAGGACUAUUUGCCUGGUAAUGUGCGCGAAUUGAGUGGCUGCGGUAGCGGUGCUGCCGUUGCUAUCGAUAGCGAUGUUGCUGAUGUUGAGGUCGACGGUGACGCCGCUCUCGUUCCCUCGCCGCUUCCCCGUAACAAUUUGCUGGAUGUGCCGAAUAACUUUGUGGAAGAUCAUCGGACUUUACCUAUCACGUGAGACCUGAAUCGCAUUCGCGACGAGUCGAAAUCAUGACACGAUGCCAUUCGCAUUGCUUUUUAGUUGUUAAUUUUCUUUUUUGCACAAACCUAUAUUGUGUGUAUUGAUAAAUUUAAGAAAAAAUUUUUCAAAUCUUUAAAAUUUCUUUCAAAGCCUACAUAUAUUUUAAAACAGUGAAAAUCGUUUGAGAGUUUUUAUUUAAUUUCUCUAUUUUAUCUCAAUUAAUUUUACACGCUAAUUUCUUUAAUAAUUUCUGUUCUAAAUCUGGAUUUAAGACGAUUGAAAGACUCCUCAAAAUUAAAAUUCAAAAGUUAACAAUUUUCUGUUUAAUCUUUAACUGAAAUUUCAUUGAAUAAUUGAACUGUCAAAGGUGUCACAUGAAAUGUGUCUAUCAAAUGUAUAAAUAUUAGCUGUACUACAAAUGAAUAAUCCAAACUUUUCAAUUAAAUUUAAUUAUUUUAAAAAAAGUAAUAGAAAUUUUUUCAUCAAAAUAUUUGCCAUUGUUUUCUAAUAAUUUUAAGGCAUCUUUUGGAUGACUUACGAAUUCCAUCUCGGAAAAAUGCUGUGUUUUUGAGCAUGAUAAAGUUAUUUUUGCAUUUUAUUCAUUGAGAGUGCGUCAGACAAGGUGUGUUGUAUCGAUUGGACUAAGCGCUAAUUCGAAGAAGCCAUAUCUGGUGAAUGCAUUCAGUGUUGAGUACCAGCCAAGAUUCAUUAUAAUGGCUUUUGUCUUAAAAGACACGUGUGGUCUGGCGUUGUAACGAAACAAUUUCACAGAUCAUUUUCCUUUGGACACUAUAUGGACGUUUUCGUUCCUGAUUCAAAUGGUUCAAUUGGUACAUUGACGUUGGUGCAAUUCGCAAUGUUUUGUUCAAUUCUAACAGCUCGUAAUAAAUUACGCCCUUGAUCAGAUUUUUCCAAGGAUCUCAAAAGUGAUAUUCGUUAAUCACAUUGAAAUUAUCUCUUAAAUCAAAAUGCUUACAUAUUGAUACAAUGCCGUUGUUGAGAACAGCAGAUCAAUUCGCACGCUUCUACAGUAUUUUUUCCUUGCUGGAAUUCAUAAAGAAUACGGUAUUAGACAUAUACUUUAUUUGCUGUUAUUUUUGAUUCUACUAAAUUCAACAUUUUUUAACAUUAUGUUGAAUUUUUCGUCAAAUUAAGUGUCCUUUUAAUAGCUAUAUCAAUACUACAUAUCUUAAAAAAAAAACAAGGGUAUUAUUUAAAUUUAAAUUAAUUUUAAAAUUGCUUAAAAAAUUUGAAUUAUUCAUUUAUACACACUAAAGAAUUUCUUUCAAAACUACUUAUUUAAAAACUAUUACGUCGACAUUUUUGAUAUUAAAAUUUUCCUCCGAAUGAUCUCGGAAAUCUGAUAUUAAUCAUCAUGGCAAAUCGGUGAUAUAUGUGUGUGUGUGUGUGUAUAUAUGUGUGUGUGUAUAUAAAAUUACAUAUGUAUGUUAAUGAAGGAUUUUCUACAAAAAUCACAUAAGUUUAUUAGUUUCAAUCAAACAUUUCUUUUUAAAUCUGACGUCAAAUCAUUAUUUAUCAGUAGCACUACAUCACGAACAAUUUUGUUCCGGUAAAAGUCAAAGAAAAUGGUAAACAUAAAUAUAAAUUGGUAGUAAAUAUAAAAUAUUUGCAAGAAACAAACGUACAAGUUCAGAAGUCUUUUAAUUUUUUAAAAAUGGGUUUUUAAAACAUUGAUCAAAGCCUGAAACGUUGUUCUUAUAUCUUUAUUAUAAAUUUAGCUAAAAAUUUAUACAAAAAGAAGUAUAGAAUAUUUCUAAGAACAAUUUAUAUAAAGUUUGCAAAGUUUAAAAAUUGUUACUUUAUACCUUAAACAAUAUUUCCUUCUUUUUAUCUUUAUUAUUACUAUUAUUAUUAUAUAACAAAAAGCUAAAUAUAAUAUUAUAGAAUAAAUAAAUAGUAAAUAUAUAUAAAAUUUCCUCAAGGGCCAAACAAAUCCAAAAGUUUUUUAUUUUUUAUUUUUUUUAAUGGAUACUAAAAUAUUAAUCAAAGCCUAACAAUUUUGUUCUUAUACUGAUCAUAUCCGGAGCAAAAUUACAUCAUUUGGUUUUAAUGAUUUGAAAAUGAGUUUUUUUUUUUGUUUUAUGAACUUACUGGACUUGUUCGAUUUUUGUAGAAAGCCCUUUCAUCAUGAUAUAAACAAAUUUUUUGAUUAUUGUAGUAUCGUGUCAUGACGUGCCUCACGAUAAUAAAGUAAAUCUUGAUCAUAGCUUAGUGCCAAAGAUGAGAGACUGGAAUGUACAUAAAGUCGCAAUAGAAAACGAGAUAACCAAAGAGUGGUUUUGCUCUCGCCAUACUGGAGUUAGAGUUGUGCGUGUAAGGUGAUAAUUCGUUAUUAAACAAUAUUAUUGAACUGCGAUGCAUUUGGGAUGGUAUCAAAGUAAGAUUUGUAACGAUACCGUCAUACUUCUCUAAGCGAAUCGUCGAAAUAUCUCUAACGAAAUCUAGUCUUAUUUAUACUCUUUUUAAAUUGUAAACAUGGGUUUUUUUGAGUUCGACGGAUAUUUAUAUGGAGCAAUGGGUACAGCGGCAGCUCGGCUAAUAUCGCAGAUAUAAUAUAAAGAAACGCGAGCUUAUACGCAACAAUCGACAUAAUUCUGUAUCGAUAUUAUGCACAGUCGAUUCUUCGUUUCUUCGAUUUGCGCUUUGGAGCAAUAUGCGAACACAUUUACCGAUGUUAUAAAAACACAAUUUGUUUAUAUAUUAUACUUAAUAAGUAUAAUAAUAGAGUUCAAUAAGAAAAUAGUUUUUACAGAUUACGGAAGAAUGCAGUAAUAUUUUAUCAAACUUAUAACUGCUCAUUCGUUGUGUCUACUGAUCGUGAGCCGUCCAAAAAAUGACAUUCAAAACCGAUAUUUUUGCGUGUUUUAUUUCUGAUAUUUGAAAGCCAUAAUAAUCGUGACAACUACAUUAUUAUAGGGUGUUUACUGUCAGGAAAAACCAUGAAAACCUGGAAUUUUUUUCUCGUUAAAAUCGUGGAUUUUUAUAGAAUUUUUUUGUUAUCCAUGGAGAUUUUAUUUUUAAAUUUUAGUUUUAUCUCUUUUUUUCGGAUAAUUGUUUCUUUAAUUUUUUGUGUAAUUUGUGUGAAUUUUUAUAAAAAAUGUCAAUUGCGAUAGAAGACAAUACAAUUAUUCUAGAUUAGCGUUGUUGAAUCACUUUUGAAUUUUAUAUUUGCGCUGAGCUAUAUCGGUUUACCACGGACAAAUUUACAAUAUUUAAAAUUGAAGUGGCUGUUGUUCAUGAUUUGUAUAAUUAAAGAAAUAACUAUUUUUGUAUAAUUAAGAAACUUGUAUAAUAAAAUUAAUUUAUUUCAAAUUUGCAUUAAAAAGUUCUGUAAUCUUACUUGGAAUUUUCAAUAAAAUUUCUGGAAAAUCUGAGAAUUAUUAGACGAGAAAGAGAAUUCGCAAGAAAAUUCUCAUUUUUUUAAAUGAAAUUUGAGUAAACAACCUGUAUUACGAAAAACGUAAGAAUUGUUACGUUUAUUUAAAUUUGACAGCAUCUCAUUAUCUUUCUCCAAUUAUUCGAUUUCCAACUCCAAGUAUGCUACAAGACGUGAUUCUUUCAUCGAACUGAAUAUGUCGUGAUAUCUAUGCUCCAUUAAGCAGGAUACCUGCAAAUUGACCGUCCUAUAUUCGUGCCUGUUGUUCUUCUUGCGGCGACAAGUAAAAUUAUUUUAUACUUAUGCUCAUUGUAUCGAAAUCCUUAUAGUCUGUAAUAUAAUAAAACAAAUUGUUAUCGAUA